UUUGGUUCGCGUUGCGUAGCACAUCAUCACCAUAAUGGGUUUUCGAGCUGUCAACGGGCAGUUUUCAAUUAAAUGGUUCAUAUUCUGUGUGAUUUUUGUGAUCUUUUUGGUUUUGUAUACACCAAUUUGGAGUGACGAUAAUAAUCCAAGAAUGCGUAGUCAAACUUAUCCUGGAUUCGCAAAUCCCACGCCUGGGGAAAAUUUAGCAAAUGCCCCUAAGGUUAAGGAUCACAAGUACUUUGUGCACACCUCAAAGUGUAUGAUACCCUAUAUAGACCCCUUCAGUGAAGGGGCCAUGAAACAAUACUCUCCGCGUACCUUUAUACCCUGCUCAAAUGACAGUGAAUUGGUUUCGACCCUCUAUGAUGUCAAUCUGAAGCGAUACGUGUUGCAUAUCAACGAACCUGUGGCACACAAGCUUCUUAACUCCACGGAUAAGCAAUUCAAUUGUUUCUACCGUGAGAUCCUGCAUGGUCAAGAAGCGGAAACAUACGAUACGCUCGCUCCGAGUAAAUACUUCUCUCAGGAUUAUGUGGUGCCAUUGCACGUGGACGGAAUGUUGUUGGAUUGUGAAACAGCCGAGGUACCUCCAGUGAAGAUACAAAAAGACGCCUAUAUGUUUAUCCAAUAUCAGGAGAAACAACCUGCAGUCAAGCCAAGGAAAGAAAGAGCUCCACCGCCUCGAAAGCCCAGUGUCAUUAUGUAUGGCAUCGAUACAUUGUCAAGGAUUAAUCUGCGUCGUACGAUGCCCGUUGUAUACGAGUUCCUAAAGGGACCGGGCUGGUACGAAAUGCAGGGAUACAAUAAGGUGGGUGACAAUUCGUUUCCGAAUAUUUUCGCAAUUGUGAGUGGAUAUUCGCCGGAGAAGGCAAAGGAGCACGUCUGCGAUACGGAUAAAAAGGGUUGUCUCGACGAGAUUCCAAUGAUAUGGAAAUAUUUCAAAAACGCCAGCUAUUUGACUGCUUACGCUGAAGAUGAAAGUGGUUCAAAUACGUUUUCCUACCUAAAGCCAGGUUUUACUAAGAAACCAACGGAUUACUAUUUUCGUCCAUUCCUGAGAGCUCUGGAGAGCAAGAUGGAUAAUUACAACUGUCCAGAUUGUCGGAUGACCUAUUGUUAUGGUCGUCGAUUGGCCAACAGUUAUAUCUACGAUUAUUGUAGACAGUUCAUGCAGCGUUAUGUGGAAGAACGUCCCAUUUUUGGUAUGUUCUGGUCGAAUCACUUCAGCCACGAUGACUACUUCAUGCCCUCGGCGAUGCAGCAUAAGAUUCUCGGGGAUCUGCUGGACUAUGAGAAGGAUGGAUCUCUGGAGCAUACCAUAAUGAUAUUCUUUGCCGAUCAUGGUGUACGUUAUGGCAAUAUUCUAAGCUUGCCCGAGGGAUAUCUGGAGGAGCGACUACCGAUGAUGUUCAUCUAUCUGCCGCCCUGGUUCCGUAAGCAGUAUCCAGAGUAUACAGCAGCCCUGGAUCUGAAUCAACAUCGACUCAGCUCCAAUUUUGAUCUACACAAUACUCUGAAACACAUUAUUGAAAUGGGUGGUACCCCGGAUGGACCGAAGUUACCCAUAUCUUACGAUUGUCCCACCUGUCAAUCCCUAUUCUAUCCCAUCGCCGAAAAUCGCACCUGCCCCGAGGCAGGAAUCGCGGAUCAUUGGUGCACGUGCGAGCCAUAUAAACCCAUUAGGUCUCUUGAUUGGAGUGAGAGGAUAGCUCCACGUGUUAUCGAGCAGAUGAACGAGUAUUUUGUGCUCAAAAAUCUAAGUCAUUUGUGCAGCAAUCUCAGCUUAAACUAUAUUCACAACACGGAAAUUAAAACCGGAUUGGAAAUCACUUGGGAUGAUGAAUUGCCCGAACUGGAGACCGCUAUCUAUCGUACUAAGUUUAAGGUUAAACAGAAUAGCGCCGAUUUUCAGGCAACUGUUGUUUUCAACAAUAUCACAGAAGCCGUUAAGGUCAACGUGGAGAGCAUAAGUCGGACAAACUCCUAUGCCGAAGAUUCCACAUGUAUCAAUGAUAAAAUCGCCAAAUUGUACUGCAUAUGUUUUAGUGAUCUUAAGUCCUAGCAGAUAAUACUUCUCAAUACUAUACUAUAUAUAAUAGAAUACUCGUAGCCUUAAUACUAUUAUAUAUAUAGACA